AUGAAACUACAUGAAUUCCUACGCAGUUAUGGUCCUGACUUGGAAUCAGUUAGCCCGAGCGAAGAAGCAUUUAAUUUAUCGGAGAAACCGGAUCAUGCUGUUCUACCCACUUCUUCGAAGGAGUUAAGCGGAAGUCCGGCAGGCAACAGCAGACCGCUCUCGGCACUCGUGUCUUCCUUGGAAAAUCUGAUACCAAGGCUCAACGCUGAUCCCAAACGCAUUUCAGGCCCUGUUUCUCGACGCAAGUAUCUUGGCAGUUUAAGUCAUUUAAUCAAGACAGCGCCCGUUAAAGAAAAACGUACAAAGAGACCGAUAUCCUUAGGAAGCAGCGAAGAACUUUUCACUGCCCAAGUGGAAAUUUUUGAAAAGGAGAAAAUCUUUGACUCCACGUCAUCACCUUGCACGCCCUCAUUUAUCGAGGAAAAGCAGGCAUUCGACAUGCUUAGACAGGCAUCCCUAGAGUGGGAGCUGAUCAGUGAAGAAGAAUGUACCCUGCGUCGUGAAAAUUCCAACAAGCCUUUGAGGAUCGAAAACGUAGGCUUGCAGCCGCCAACGAGUUUGCUUACUAGUCACAUCCUCAGCGAAGCUCAAGCCAGUAAGCUCUUUGAAUCCCUCCCCUUGAGAGCUCAGGGUCUUGAGCUUGCGUUGAAAUACAGUACGGAGUAUCAUGGAUUUAGUCUAAAAACGCUGUACCGUCGAUGCGAAGCGCUACUCACGGAAGACGCAACAGAAUCACAAGAGGAGCAUUCCGAAUCUCCCCUCACUUUGCAAAAUCAGGUAUUCUCAUCAUCAUGCCAGAAUGAUCAGCCCUGCCUACUCUUGAUUAAAGACUCGACUGAGACGAGAUACCUCUGGUCUGGUGAAAAUUACUUCUUCCUGUCUGGCGAGCAGGACUCUUUCAUAAUCGGUUGUACAGAUGGAAAAUCGGCCAUUAGAAUAGAUGGUGAUGUUCUACGUGGCCGAACUCAGGCAUGCGGAACUUUUGAUAAUCCAGAACUCACGGAACCUGGUGACUUUCUCAUUCAUACACUCGAAGUUUGGGCAUUCUCCUAA